GAGCUCGGCGGCGAUGGAAGCGAACGGGACCGAAGCGGCCUGUAACGCGUCCGGCGGACCCGGCUGGGACGGGGUGCAACAGGAGACAACCUGGGGAACCAUCGCUCUGGUCGUGCUGCUUUCCAUCAUCGUGGCCAUCACUGUGGUGGGGAACAUCUUGGUUCUCCUGGCCGUGGCGACACACCGGAGUCUCCAGACGCUGUCUAACGUGUUCCUGGUGUCGCUCUGCGUCUCGGACCUGCUGGUUGGCGCCCUGGUUGCCCCCCCAGCCGUUGCCGUCACCCUGUACGGAGAGUGGAUCUUCUCCCCAGGAUUCUGCGCAGUCUGGGUGUCGUUUGACGUCAUGCUCUGCAGCGCCUCUAUCCUGAAUCUCUGCGUCAUCAGCCUGGACAGAUAUAUCCAGAUCACCCGGCCCCUACAACACGACGUGUACAUGACCAACACUCGGGCGGGUAUCCUGAUCGCCCUAGCCUGGCUUCUGGCCAUCUUCGCGUCCUUCCCUCCCAUCACGCUGGGCUGGCACGAGCACGCCGGACACCCGAGCCUGAGCGACCUGACCGCCUUCACGCCGCAGCCGCAGUGCAUCUUCGACCCGAGUAAGACCUACGCACUGACGGCUUCAAUCGUCACCUUCUACAUCCCGCUCGCAGCCAUACUGUUCACUUACAGCCGCAUCUACAAGGAGGCAAGGUCCCAGGCCACGAGAGUAGCCUCCCUGAACAAACAAUUCCGUAAUGAAUCCCGCCGGAAAAACGGAAAGCGCGGCAGUCAGCCCAUCGGUCCCGCAUCCACCAAGGCUAUCCGCACUCUGGGCGUGAUCCUGGGGGCCUUCAUGGUCACGUGGCUGCCGUUCUUCGUCAGUAACGUCGUGCGGCCCUUCUGCAAGUGCGUGCCGGGGGAGGUGUUCGAAGGUCUGACGUGGCUGGGCUGGUGUAACUCCACCAUGAACCCCAUCAUCUACCCGCUCUUCAUCAAGGACUUCAAACAGGUCUUCCGCAAGUACCUGCCGUGCUUCAAAAGAGCGCCGCCUGGCGGGGGAAACGCGAUGGGCAUCGGCGAGCUGCCGGGACCCGGGCCGGUCCCAGGCCCGUCCACUUCUAACGACAACGGCGGCAUCGAGAUCAACACCGUGGCCGGUAACGUCCAGGCAGGAAAUUGCGUCCCCUCUCCCGUGAAAAAGUACAGCGCAUCCCUGUGAAAACCCGAGCCCGGUAGGCAUUGGAAAGCUACUCGGACUGACAAGGCCUACAUGUAACUUCUAACGACAACGGCGGCAUUGAGAUCAACACCGUGGCCGGUAACG